GUCCAGUCACUAUCUCCUCCUCUCUCCCCUUGCCCAGUCACUAUCUCCUCCUCUCUCCCUUCGCCUAGUCACUCUCUCCUGGGCCACCGCUCUAGGACUGUUCUCCCUCUUCUGUGGUGCUUAGAUCGUUUUUGGUCCCUUUUCGGUUCUUUUUGGAUCCUGUUCCAGUUGGAUCCUUCAGUCAUCAUGAUACCCUCUCCGCCGUUGUUCCUGCUGCUGCUCGGCCUCAUGGGAGCUCACGCCACCGCACCCGGGUCCAUGGAACUCCGCACCGCCGCCGCCAUGGGUAAGAUCCUCCUGACCUCUAACCCUGACCCAUAAUCUAAAACCUAAACACUAAUCGUAACCCUUAACCUCUUACCUUUAGUUAUAACCCAUAUUACCUCCACAAUGGGUCAAGAAUCAUGAUCCACUGACUUGGACUCUUAUCCCAACUCUAACCCCUAACCCAUUAUUCCUAACCCCAGCUUGCCCCAGACCCCAAAUGGUGCAGUCACUUAGCCUCAGAGCCCCCUAAACAACCUGGUACCCUUUCCUAACCUCUGCAUCUCUCCAUCUUUCGGUCUUUCCUUUUCCCUGACAGUGUCUGCUGUGUAGAGUGGAACAGCCCGAGUAGGUUCUAGAGAGACAUUAUACAGCUGCUGGGUGUAACAAGAAUCACACAGAGAGAUCUGUAUCAAUGGUUCUUGGUGGUCCAGGGUGGUGCUGGGUCUAAGCUCUUUAGGGCAGAGAGACGCAUAGAGACGCAUAGAGGUGAAUAGAGUACUAGCUGUAUAAUGAUGUGGCUGGAUACUGACUCCAAUUGAGUCAGUCAGUGAACAUUGAAUGGAUGUUAUAGUUUCAAAGUAUUUGUUUUUGGGUUAGUAUAGCUUAUUAAGAGUUGGUUGCUAGUUUGGAAGUGUCAGUGUGCUUGAAAGGUUGGUGUUGGUGUAAGUAUUGUAAUUAAGUGUUAAUUUAGGUGUUCAAGUGUGUGUGUGUGGUUGUGGUUGUGUGUGUGUGUGUGUGUGUGUUUGUGGGAUGUUAGAGGAGGUACAGUAUAAACUGCUGCAGUGAGGGAACGAUAGAGGUGAAGGGGGAGAAAGGAGAUCAGUGAUGUUGCAUAAACAUAGAGUAUGAAAGAUCACAUACAGCUACACUCUUCUGCCUUUCUCUCUCUCCCUCGUUCUCUAUCUCUCUCUCCUCGUCUCUCCCCUCGUUCUCUACUGCCUCUCUCUCUCUCCCUCGUUCUCUUCUGCCUCUCUCUCUACUGCCUCUCUCUCCCUCGUUCUCUACUGCCUCUCUCUCUCUCCCUCUCUCUCUCCUCCUCACUGCUCUACUCUCUCUCUCUCUCCCUGUUCUCUCUCUCUACUCCUCGCUCUCUCUCUCUCCCUCGUUCUCUACUGCCUCUCUCUCCUCUUCCCUCGUUCUCUACUCUCUCUCUCUCUCUCUCUCCUUCUCCUCUCUUCUCCUCUUACUGCCUCUCUCUUCUCCCUCGUUCUCUACUGCCUCUCUCUCUCUCCCUCGUUCUCUACUGCCCUCUCUCUCUCUCUCCUCCUCUCCUACUGCCUCUCUCUCCUCGCUCCUGCCUCUUCUCUCCCUGCUCUACUCCUCUCUCUCUCCCUCUCUCUACUCUCCUCUCUCUCUCUCUCCCUCUCUCUACUGCCCUCUCUCUCCUCUCCCUCUUCUUCUCUCGCCUCUCUUCUGCUCUCUCUUCUCUACUGCCUCUCUCUCUCUCCCUCGUCUCUACCUCUCCUCUCUCUCUCUCCCUCGUUCUCUACUGCCCUCUCUCUCUCCCUCCUCUCUACUCUCUCUCUUACUGCCCUCUCUCUCUGCCUCUCUCCCCUCUCUCUACUCCUCCUCUCUCUCUCCCUCUCUCUUCUCUCCUGUCUCCUGCCCCUCUCUCUCCCUCGUUCUCUACUGCUCUCUCUCUCUCCCUCGUUCUCUACUGCCUCUCUCUCUCUCCCUCGUUCUCUACUGCCUCCUCCUCUCUCUCUCUCUCUCCUCUACUGCUCUCUCUCUCUCCCUCGUUCUCUACUGCCUCUCUCUCUCUCCCUCGUUCUCUACUGCCUCUCUCUCUCCCUCGUCUCUGCUCUCUCUUCCUUUUUACUCUCUCUCUCCUCUCUCCCUCUCUCUCUACUGCUCUCUCUCUCUCUCCCUCGUUCUCUACUGCUCCUCUCUCUCUCCCUCGUUUUCUCUACUGCUCUCUCUCUCUCCCUCGUUCUCUUCUCCUCUCUUCUCUCGUUCUCUCGUUCUCUACUGCCUCUCUCUCUCCCUCGUCUCUCUACUGCCUCUCUCUCUCUCCCUCUUCUCUACUCUACUGCUCUCUCUCUCCUCCCUCUCUCCUCUUCUCUACUGCCUUCUUCUCUCUCUCUCCCUCGUUCUCUUACUGCCUCUUUCCCCUCCCUUGAUUUGCUCCUCCCUCUUACUGUUCUCCUCCCUCCUUGCAUCCUCAUACCUGGUUCUCACUCCCCCUUCCUUUCUCAUCCCCCCCUCUCCACUCUUUCUCACUCCCCCUCCACUCUUCUCACUCCCCCCCUCCCACUCUUUCACUCCCCCUCUCCACUCUUUCACUCCCCUCUCCACUCUUUGCAUCCCCCCCUCCACUCUUCUACCUCACCCCCCGCUCCACUCUUCUCACUCCCCCUCUCCCUCUUUCUCACUCCCCCUCCCUCUUCCCUCACUCCUUUUCACUCCCCCCCCUCCACUCUUCUCAUCCCCCUCUCCACCUCUCAUCCCACCACUUCCUCACUCCCCCUCUCCACUCUUUCUCACUCCCCUCUCCACUCUUUCACUCCCCUCCCCCUCCACCACUCUUUCACUCCCCCCCCCCCCUCACUCUUCUCACUCCCCCCCUCCACUCUUCUCACUCCCCCUCCCCUCCUUCUCACUCCCCCUCCACUCUUUCUACUUCCCCUCCCCCACUCUUUCACUCCCCCUCUCCACUCUUUCACUCCCCCUCUCCACUCUUUCUCACUUCUCCCUCUCUUCCUCUCCUCCACCUCUACAGAUCCCUCCUCUCGCAAUUGAAUGCAAAGAGAAUAUGGACAGCAGAAUUGACCAGCCAUUGAAGAUUUUCUCAAUAUGAAUUUGAAUAAUAGUAAUCAUUGUCACUAAUAAUAAUCAAUCUCUCGCUAUCUCUCUCUUUUUCUCUCUCUCCCUCCAACCCCCCCCCCCCCCACCCCUUCCCCAGCGGCAGGUCUGUGUAACACUCGCCCUACAGACCUGGUGUUCAUCGUGGACAGCAGUAGGAGCGUGCGUCCAUCAGAGUUCGAGCAGGUCAAGGUGUUCCUGGCCAAGGUCAUCGAGGGACUGGACGUUGGACCUGAUGCCACACGGGUCGGAGUGGUCAACUAUGCCAGCCGCGUCAAGAACGAGGUGUGUGUGUAUGUUUGAGUGGUGAGAUGUACAAUUUUAAUGGUCUCCAUAACUGUCCUUACAUUCACUGAUGUCCACACGUUCUGUAUGAUGCCCCCUUCUACGUACUACAUCACAGCCAUGUUGUCCCCAAAAGUUCCAAGAUAAUGUAUUCUAUCUAGGAUGCACUCACACACACACCUAACUCUUGUCUCUCUCCAGCUGUCUCUGAAGACCCAUAAGACCAAGGCAGGUCUGGUAAAGGCUGUGACUAAGAUCGAGCCCCUGUCCACUGGCACCAUGACCGGCCUUGCCAUCCAGUUCGCCCUCAACGUAGCUUUUAGCGAGGCAGAGGGCGCCCGCGUCAAGUCCCCAGACAUCAGCAAGGUAGGUCAGAUGCACACCAGACCUGGGUUCAAAUCCUAUCUGAAAUCUUUCAAAUACUUACAUUUGCUUUAGGCAGCCUGUAGUGCCAGAUGGGUGGGGUUUACACUUUUGGGACUUUUCUAUUUGGUCCAUUGCAACAGGCAAGCUCAAUCAAGCACCUUGGCCUUUACUCACCCUUUAUCACCAUUUUGUGUCUCAGCGACCGGCUGCUGUUGUGUGACCUAACCUGGUUCCUAUUAACCAACUAGUCUAUCCAACUAAUGUCGUAUCGUUUCCAUAUCUCCUCCAGGUAGCCAUCAUCGUGACAGACGGUCGUCCCCAGGACAACGUCAAGGAUGUGGCGGCACGUGCCCGGGACGCGGGUAUCGAGCUAUACGCCAUCGGCGUAGGGCGCGUAGACCUGAAUACGCUGAAGCAGAUCGCCAGCGAGCAGUUGGACGACCACGUGGACUACGUAGAGAGCUACUCAGUCAUCGAGAAACUCACCAAGAAGUUCCAAGAGGCUUUCUGUGGUGAGAUAGGGAGGGAGAAAGAGGGAAGGACAGGAAGGACAUAGAAGAGGGGGAGGAAGAGGGAAUGAAAGAGAGGGUAAUAAUAAGAUGGCCAUGCUAGAAAAGACUAACAUUGCAAUAUGGUCUGAUCUGUUGCUGAUAAGUGGGCUGUUCUAGUGUGGCCUAUUGACAAGGGAGGGAAGGUGGGGAAAAAUAAGGAAAGGGAGGAUGUGUGUGACGGAGGGAGGGAGGGGAAUUGGAGAGGAGUCUUCGCAAUCAUCAUCCUUGUCUUCAUCCUCACCAAAGGAGUUGGUGGGUGUGGCUAGGGUAAGGUGUCAAUCUUCAGUAACUCCUCCCCCUCUGAGGGGUGAGACUGAAGCUUCUGAUUAGUGUUCCACUAGUGUUAAUCAAAUCAAACCUCCAAUCAGCUCUAGCCUUGGCUGGGCCCAGUUGCUAGCUGUUUUAAUGGCCCUUCAUGUUGGAUAACCCUCCCAGGGGUGGAGCUGCAUGUAAACAGGGAUGGCUUCCUAUUGGACGAGCCUAUACCUGACAGUGACAUCAUUUGGAAACAACCAAUUACCUUUUCUAAUUCCAAUUUCCACAUUUAUUUUAAAUUGGGACAAUAAAACUAUUUGGUCUACAGGUCUAAAGCAGGUACAAAUCUCUCCAAUCUCUCCCACCCCUGUCUCUUUAAAGAUCCACUGUCUUCUACAACAAACAACAGAUUCCAGUAGAUCCUACCGGAUUUCUUUUAAAUCAUUAGAUCUCAGUGGAUCCUUAAAAUCAACUGUAGAUUUCCUCCAGUUUUCAAACUGACAUAGUGUUAUUCUGUCCCCUAACCCCCACCACCCCACCCCUGUGUGUGUGUGUCUGCCUGUGUGCUUGUAUGUGUGCCUGCGUGUGUCUGUGUGUGUGUGUACCUGUGUGUGUGUGUGUGUGUGUGUGUAUGUGCGUGCGUGCGUACCUGUGUGUGUGUUUGUUCCCUCCUGUGUAUGUGUGUCUGUGCAUGCCUAAACACAGUGGCAGACCUGUGUGCCAGUGGAGAUCAUGACUGUCAGCAGGUAUGCAUCAGCGCACCAGGGUCAUUCAAGUGUGCCUGCAAGGAGGGCUUCAGUCUACUGGAGGAUGGCAAAAGCUGCAGUGGUGAGUGUGUGUGUGUGAGAGAGUAAGUAUGUGUGUGUGUGUGUGUAUGUGAGAGUGAGUGUGAGAGAGAAUUAUAGAAUGUAUGAGUAUUGUAGAAUUUGAGUGUGAUGUGUAAACACCCCCAUCUGCCCCUCCCAGCCUGCAGUAAUGCCGCCACAGAUGUGGUGUUCCUAAUCGAUGGUUCUAAGAGCGUGCGUCCAGAGAACUUUGAGCUGGUCAAGAAGUGGAUCAACCAGAUCGUAGACAAACUGGACGUCUCCGAGACCAAGGCUCAUGUUGGACUGGUCCAGUACUCCAGCUCUGUCAAACAGGUGUGUGUGUGUGUUUUUUAAUAACAUGAGAUUACAUGGUGAGGUUCACUAUUUAUUUAUUUAUUUAUUAUUGUGAGAAACCUUUGACUAACUGUGAUAACUCACAACCUCCCCACCCUCCUCCUCUUCCUCCUCCUCCCGUCUCAGGAGUUCCCUCUGGGUCGUUACAACAACAAGAAGGACCUGAAGGACGCGGUGAAGAAGAUGGCCUACAUGGAGAGGGGGACCAUGACAGGCCAGGCCCUGCGCUUCCUGACAGACAGCAGCUUUGCACCAGCCGGUGGGGCACGGCCCGGGGUCGCCAAGGUCGGCAUCGUGUUCACCGAUGGACGCAGCCAGGACUACAUCGGAGACGCCGCCAAGAAGGCCAAGGAGCAAGGUGAGGGAGGGAAGGAGGGAGAGUGUUUAAGUGUGUGUGAAAGGAUGUGUGAAUGCAUGUGUAGUGAUCUCCAAGGGUCAGUCAUGUUUAUUUUAUAACGUUUUACUGUGGAUCCACUCUGCAUGAGGUAUUAAAGUGUUUGUAUCUGUCUCUAAUCAUGGUCUUUCUAACAUCCCCCCCCCCCUCCCUCCCUCCCCCUCUUGCUCUCCCUCUCGCUCUCUCCCCCUCACUCUCUCCCCCUCUCUCUCCCCCCUCUCUCCCCCUCCCCCACUCACUCUCUCUCCCCCUUCUCUCUCUCCCCCUCACUCAAUUCAAUUUAAGGAGCUUAAUUGGCAUAGGAAACAUAUGUUUACAUUGCCAAAGCAAGUGAAAUAGAUAAUAAACACAAGUGAAAUAAACAAUAAAAAAUUAACAGUAAACAUUACACUCACAAAAGUUCCAAAAGAAUAAAGACAUUUCAAAUGUCAUAUUAUGUCUAUAUACAGUGUUGUAAUGAUAUGCAAAUAGCUAAAGUACAAAAGGGAAAAUAAAUAAACAUAAAUAAGGGUUGUAUUUACAAUGGUGUUUGUUCUUCACUGGUUGCCCUUUUUUUGUUGCAACAGGUCACAAAUCUUGCUGCUGUGAUUGCACACUGUGUGGUAUUUCACCCAAUUGAUAUGGGAGUUUAUCACUUGCUUAGGGGACUCUUUUCCAGAUUCAUUUCUCUGUAGGUGAUGGCUUUGUUAUGGAAGGUUUGGGAAUCACUUCCUUUUAGUUGGUUGUAGAAUUUUAACGGCUCUUUUCUGGAUUUUAAUAAUUAGCGGGUAUCGGCCUAAUUCUGCUCUGCAUGCAUUAUUUGGUGUUCUAAGUUGUACACUGAGGAUAUUUUUGCAGAAUUCUGCAUGCAGAGUCUCAAUUUGGUGUUUGUACCAUUUUGUGAAUUCUUGGUUGUUGAGCGGACCCCAGACCUCACAACCACAAAGGGAAAUGGGUUCUAUAACUGAUUCAAGUAUUUUUUGCCAGAUCAUAAUUGGUAUGUCGAAUUUUAUGUUCCUUUUGAUGGCAUAGAAGGCCCUUCUUGCCUUGUCUCUCACUCACUCCCCCCUCUCUCUCCUCCCCCCCACUCCCCCUCUCUCUCUCCCCCCCUCCCCCUCUCUCUCUCUAGGUUUUAAGAUGUAUGCUGUGGGCGUGGGUAAUGCUGUAGAGGAUGAGUUGAGGGAGAUAGCAUCAGAGCCAACAGGAGAACACUACUUCUACACCGCAGACUUCAAAGCCAUGACGGCCAUCGCUAAGAAGCUGCAGAUCAACAUCUGUCAAGGUCCGAAACACACACACACACACACACCCACACACAUUCACACACACACACACAGCUGUUUGAGAGAGCUGGAGUACUGGACCAGUCUAACGUGAGCCUUGGUCUCUGAGACAUCCAGUUUUUCUAUGAUCUGAUUGAUCCACUUCUUGACCAGCUGCAAGGUUCUCUGGAUGCACGAUCAGGAACACCACGUCUGUGGCGGCCUUACUGCAGGCUGGGGGGACAAGGGAGGAUGAGGGGUGUUAAACACAAACACAUCACACUCAAAACUCUGCACUACACAUAUAUUUAAUCAUUUACUCACUCACUCACUCACACACACCCACAGAAUGUCUUUCCUGCUCAUAAAGUAAAUCUCCACUACCUUGUGUGACUAUGCUGUCUGUCUUUAUAGAGGAGGAUGCAUGUGAAUGUGACUUUAUGCUGUCUGUCUUUACAGAGGAGGACCCAUGUGAAUGUGACUCUGUCGUUAAGUUCCAGAAAAAAGUAGAAGAAGCCUUACAGGCACUAACGAAAAAACAUAUCCUUUACAAGAGUGUGAGAGUAUGGUAAAGGUGUUGUGUGACCACUGUGUGUUACAUCUGUCUUGCUGUGGUUUCCUUGACUCUGAUUUCACUGGAGGGCGUGUUGAAGAGGAUUACUGCACUGGAGAACAAGAUCGUCUGA